CACUGGGAGUCCUGGUAAAAGGGAACUGGUUACUCUUGGCUGCCAUCUUUCACGUGGUCGCCUCCAGGAGACAGAAGGCACAUCAGGCCUCGCCCGGUGGGAACAUGAAAGGGGUCCUGGGUCUGCUGCUUAUGGUAUCGUUUGUCCACGCUCUUGAGAGAGGCCGUGAUUAUGAAAAGAGUAAAGUCUGCGCAGAACUCAGCAAUCUGGGAAAAGAUGACUUCAGAUCUCUAUCAAUGAUCUCCUACAGCAGAAAAUUCCCCAGUGGCACAUUUGAACAGGUCAAGCAGCUGGUACAAGCAGUGGUCUCCCUGACGGAAGACUGCUGUGCAGAGGGGGCUGACCCGAACUGCUAUGACGACAGGACGUCUGCACUGUCUGCCCGGUCCUGCGAGCAGGGCUCUCCGUUCCCCGUGCACCCGGGCACCGCGGAGUGCUGCACCAAGGAGGGGCUGGAGAGGAAACUCUGCAUGGCAGCGCUGAAGCACCAGCCACAGGAGUUUCCCACCUACGUCGAACCCACCAACGAUGAAAUCUGUGAAGCAUUCCGGAAAGACCCCAAAGACUUUGCUGACCAAUUUAUAUAUGAAUAUUCCAGCAAUUACGGAGAAGCUCCUUUACCCCUGUUAGUCAGUUACAUUAAGAGUUAUCUCUCUAUGGUAGGGUCCUGCUGUACUUCCUCAAGUACAACUGUGUGCUUUCUGAAAGAGAGGCUACAGAUUAAGCAUUUAUCACUUCUAACCAUGAUGUCAAAUAGAAUCUGCUCACAAUAUGUUGCUUAUGGGAUGAAUAAAUCAAGACUCAGCCACCUUAUCAAGUUAGCCCAGAAGGCACCGACUGCAGCUCUGCAAGAUGUUUUGCCACUAGCUGAAGAUCUUACUAAUCUCCUCUCCAAGUGCUGCGAGUCUCCCUCUGAGGACUGCAUGGCGAAGGAGCUGCCGGAACACACAGUAAAAAUCUGUGAUAAGUUAUCCACAAAGAAUUCUAAAUUUGAAGACUGUUGUCAGGAAAAAACACCCAUGGACAUUUUCGUGUGCGCUUACUUCAUGCCAGCUGCCCAGCCCCCUGAGUUGCCAGCUGUUGAUUUGCCCACGAAUAAAGCUGUGUGCAGUAGAGAAAACACCAAAGCCAAAGAGCAGUAUGCAUUUGAACUCAGCAGAAGGACCCAGAUUCCGGAGGUGUUCCUCAGUAAGGCACUUGACGCGACCCUCACCAGCCUGGAUGAAUGUUGCGGCUCCGGAGACGCCGCAGCCUGUCUUCAAGCGAAGGGCCCUCUCCUGCAAAAAGAACUAUCAUCUUUCAUUGAAAAGGGACAAGAAAUAUGUGCUGAUUAUUCAGAAAACACAUUUACCGAGUACAAGAAAAAACUUACGGAGCGAUUAAGAGCAAAAUUGCCUGACACCUCUGCUACUGACCUCGCCCAGUUGGUGGACAAGCACUCAGACUUCGCCUCCAAGUGCUGCUCCAUCAACUCCCCUCCGCUCCACUGUGACUCAGAGAUUGAGGCUGAAAUGAAAAAUAUCCUAUAGUUACGAUGCCUGUGUGUUGUCUUAGAUCCCGUGUGGGGAGUGACCUCUGAUGACCUAUCCUUAGUGAUUCCGCCAAGCUUUGGGGAAGAGAAUUAGGAUACUCCCUGUCUUUUUCCAGCUCCAGUGCUUUUGUGCAGUGAUCAUUGUAAUACAUUUAACAUGAAAAUAAAUGGAAAUACAAUGUAAACCUGAGAAAUGCUA